GGAAAGCGGCGUGGAUAACGGCGUGCCUGGGCCAGGUAUUCCGGAGGAAGGCGACGCGAUUGGGAAGCCAUGGCUUCAUCCUCCUCACCAUCAUCUUUCUCCUCGCACCUGCCCUCACGGGGCUGCCUCCUUUUCCUCCUCUUCCUCCUCCUUUGUGUCCAGCUCGGGGAAAGCCAAAAGAAGAAGGAGAAUCUUUUAGCUGAGAAGGUGGAACAGCUUAUGGAGUGGAGUUCAAGGCGCUCAGUCGUCCGCAUGAAUGGAGACAAAUUUAGACGAUUUGUGAAGGCUCCACCUCGCAACUAUUCAGUGAUUGUGAUGUUUACAGCUCUUCAGCCACAGAGGCAAUGCUCUGUUUGCAGGCAGGCUAAUGAGGAAUAUCAAGUCUUGGCUAACUCAUGGCGCUACUCUUCAGCAUUUUCAAACAAACUUUUCUUCACUAUUGUUGAUUAUGAUGAAGGUGCUGACGUUUUUCAGCAGCUCAAUAUGAACUCUGCUCCUACGUUCAUGCAUUUCCCUCCAAAAGGUAAGCCCAAGAGAGCUGACACAUUUGACCUGCAGAGAAUUGGAUUCGCAGCAGAACAGUUAGCUAAGUGGAUAGCUGACAGAACUGAUGUUCAUAUUAGAGUGUUCAGACCACCAAACUAUUCAGGCACUAUUGCAUUGGCUCUCCUAGUGUCACUGGUUGGUGGUUUGCUCUACUUACGGCGAAAUAACUUGGAAUUCAUCUACAACAAGACUGGCUGGGCAAUGGCAGCACUGUGUGUCGUUUUUGCAAUGACUUCAGGCCAAAUGUGGAACCAUAUCCGUGGGCCCCCAUAUGCUCAUAAAAAUCCUCAGAAUGGGCAAGUGAGCUACAUACACGGAAGCAGCCAGGCACAGUUUGUGGCGGAGUCUCAUAUCAUUCUGCUUCUGAAUGCCGCUAUCACCAUGGGAAUGGUUCUUUUGAAUGAAGCUGCCACCUCCAAAGGAGAUGUUGGCAAGAGGAGAAUAAUAUGCCUGGUGGGAUUGGGUCUCGUUGUUUUCUUCUUCAGCUUCCUGCUGUCCAUAUUCCGCUCCAAAUAUCAUGGCUAUCCAUACAGCUUCUUAAUUAAAUGAAUUCAAGUGAGAUUAGCAGAAGGCUAAUGUUUACUAGGAAGAUAAGCAGUUACUGAUAGUAUCUGCUUACCAACAUUACAUUUCUUCAAGAAACUUUGCACUUGGUUCAUCUGCUUCCUGUGAUAAAUUACAGCAUUUGUGUGGAGGACAAUAUUGUGUUUGUACCUUAUUAGCAAGUGAUUCAUCUAAUAUAUAAUGCAUAGCAAAUACUGGAUAUCUAAGUGAAAGAUAUAGUAAAUAGGAAUGGGGCUAUGAUAUGCUUGGUGACCCUGAAUUCAAAUAAAGUUAACUUUAUUGGGUAAGUCGGGGGGGGGGGAUUGUUCUGGUUGCUGUUUGUCUUCUUGUAAUUCUGUUGCAACUGUGUAGAUUGUAGUUGGGAAAAAAGUCAAAAAACGUUUGAGAUGUUGAAACUAUACUCCUUUGGCAUAAAGUAAUGUAAGAUUUAUUAGUAUUAAACCAGCUCUACCUAAUAAAGAAGACAAAGUCCACACAUCCACACUAGAAAAAUUCUUUAUCUUUUUUUUUUCAGUUGGCAUUUUAAAACCCAAGGUUGCUGCAUUUUUAACAUUGCAAAAAAAAAAAAAGGAAAAGGUCCAGAGUUGUUCGGGAAUAUUUUUAAUAGAAAACUAACAAGCACCCAACAAUUCUUGAGCAUUGCUGACCUCCCUUCAAGCAAUUCUAAGGUUAUUUCAAAGAGAAUUCCUAAUUUCCUCCUUCCAUCUUAUUCUAAUAUGUUACAUAAGAGUAAACACUCUCUGAAGCAAUAUUUGAAUUAUUUGAAGAUGAAAUAAUAAAGCUUGCAAUGCACUAGAUGUGUACUCAUUCUGGCUUUUUAAUAUUUCCUAAACGCUUUGGGAUUUUCACUUAUAUAUAAGGUGGUAGAGUGGAGUCAUAUUCUUCAAAAAGGACUAAAUUUUGCAUGAGAAACACAAAUUUAAUGCUAGGGAGGCACCUCCCCUUGCCCAAAAAUUUUCUCCUGGAAGUUCUUAGCUCUCUUUGGAGCUUGUGCCAAAUGCUUUUACGAUGUAUGUUGUACAGUGUUAAUUCUGUACUCUGUAUCACUGAGAAAGAAAGUGUGUGGGUAGCAGUCUAGAGAUCAAGAAGCUGAGGAGUCAGUCAGUAGGUGGGAAAACCAAGAUAGGCAAAUGAUUGAACAAAAGAGUAGUAAGUUCUAAGGGUCCAAGAAGCAGAGCAAAGUUUUCAAAUUGGCUUGGGUAACUUUUCUACACUAGUUCAGAAAUGGGCAAACAUUUUGCUUCGGGGGCCACAUUGCAGCCUUGGGAGGGGAGGACGGUGCCACGAAGGGGCAGAUCAGGGCCCAGGUCAUUCUCAGAUUGUUCUUCUGGAAUACAGAUGGGAUUGCUCCUCCCAUCCUUAUGCCAGGAGAAGGGCAAGACAUGUGGUGACUACCCCGAUCCUCCUCCCCAUCCUCCUCCCCUGAUCCUUGGGCUGUCUCCUUGGCAUUAUGAUGGGAGGAGAGCAAGACAGGCAGUGGCUGAGAGUGCUCCGAAGGGCUUUCAGCUGCCUCAUGCUUUCCUUGGGUUAUUCUCCAGGCAUAAGGAUGGGGCCACUUGUACUGUCCUUAUGCUAGGAGGAGGGUGAUAUAAGCAGUGACUGAGAAUGAUCCAGAGUGCGGGCCACCAUGUCCUUAUGCCAAGAAGAAAAUUAGGAGGGCCUGAGGUAAGUGCCCAGAGGGUCAUAUCCAGCCCCCAGACCUUAGUUUGCCCAUGCCUGCACUAGUUCCAGCAGUUGACCAGUUGCCUGCCUUAUCUAGGGAGGCAUAGUAUUCAGUGAGGAUAACUGAGGUAGCACUAAUCUGCGGAAAUGCUUAGCCCCUCCCCAAGCACUCUGGUACUGGCUCUUUCUUAGAAAAUAGCACAACACUCUGAGCUCUUCCAGACAGCGCCAAAAUCUGCCUUUUAAAAAUGGGUUUAAAAAUCCCGGGACCUGGCAGCAGAUUCGCACACAGACCUGUCAGUCCUAGUAUAUAGUCCCCUGCCAACCUAACAGUCUUAUUUUGAAAUGGAUCAUGAUGUAGGGCGGAUGGGGGACAUUCAGAGGGAAUCUUUUUUUAAAAAAUGCACUUGUUAUGUGCUGGACCGUAUAUGUGCACAUGCAAAUAUCUUAAUAUAAAUAUAAGCAGAUUUGCAUGUGGACAUAUGAGGGCCAGUGCAUAAUGGAAGGAACUUUUUUUUAAAAAAAAAUCUUCCAUUAGAUUUCUGUCUUCCCUCAAUUGUUAAUUCUAUUUCUGUUUAAGAUUGUAAAACGUAAAAGAAAUGAUUUCGGAGAGUUCUAAUCACUUUCCAUUUGUGCUUCCCUUGAACCACCUGUGUGUCCGUUUGACAGCCCAAUCAGUAGAUCAACUAUUUCAGGCUUUUUAAAAGCACAUGUGUGCUGGAGCCAUCUACACAUGGGGGAGGGAAGGAAAGCACAUGUUUUGUAUGACUGCAGGGAUAUAUAGUCAUGCAAAGAUGCACAUUUCCCAGCCAGAAUUGGUAAUAAACACACUUUUUUAACACAUGCCUCUUAAUCCAAUCCCUCCCGCAUUUUGGCUAAGUGUUAUUUAGCCACCACACCCCUUUAACCCAUUUACAGAAAGAAAGCUUUGUUGAUAGUGUUGGCAACAGAAGUCAUUUCCACUUCGGGGGCAUCUGGGUUUGCCCUUGAUAGUUCAUCAUCUGAAGAUGAACCAGACCCACCCAAGUAUUCAAUCUCUCUGUGGGUUUGGUGGUAUUACUUCUACUUUCCUCUACUGAGAAUCCUAUUGCUCUGAAGAAGAACUUGGCUGACCUCAGACUGAAUGGAAAGAGGACUGGGAUGCUUAACAAGUAUCAUCAGUUGGAUCUGCUUCAUCCUCAAACAAUAAACUCUCAAAGGGGGCAUGACAAGGGGAACCAUACAGUGGCAUCCUUCCAUUUCGAAUCUCACAUCCAUCAUCCCAGAUGGAUGCCUGACAACUGGAUUGGGCUACAUCCCUCAACUAGAAGACAAUUCACUCAAUUCUCACAGAUCCUCCAAGCCUCUUUGCAGCUGUACAAUAAAAUUGUGACCUAUUUAUUACAAUCCGAUGGAUCUUGUGUGUUCACUCUUAUGCAGAGCUAAGGCUACUAAUGCUUUUGCUCCUAUAUUCCUAUUUUUGUUUUAAAAUUGGAUUUGAAGGUAUAUGUUUGCCCAGAGAUGAUCUAAUUCAGCUCCUCUUGUCCAGCUAGUCUAGUAUUCGACGAUUAAUUACUAGGUUGAACUAUCUGCCCAUCCAACUACAGGAUUUUCUGCCACUACUACUUUGCACUUUAUGGACUACUUUGACUGAGAAAUUACCUCUCCCAUUUUGAUAUAUUCAACACUUUGGCCCAGAUCCUUGUUUUAGUCUCUUGUUUUUAACAUUUUAUGCUGUAUAUUGAUUUUAUGAUGGUUUUAUUGAUAUUGAUGUUUUACUGUUGGAACAAUUGUUUUUUCAUUUUAUUGCUGUACGUUUCAGGCUCGGUCCCCAUGUAAGCUGCUCCGAGUCCCCACUGGGGAGAUGGGGCGGGGUAUAAAAAUAAAGUUAUUAUAUUAUAGUUAA